AAUGAUUACAAUGCAAAUCAAAGAAGCAUCUAUUCUCGUGCUAAUACUCACCAUCACCAACACGAAAUGUAGUGAUAUAGUUGUUGCGGGUUUUAAAAAAAUUCCCCAUCUUGAAUUCACCUCUACUAUCAGUUCAUUAAGUGACCUCGCCGAUAUAUUACACAAUAAAACCAACUUAAACAUUGUUUUAAUCGACAACCAGGAAGUAUCUGUACUGCCAAACAGAUCUUUAGCUAAUGUGACUCUGGAAAAUUUUCAUAUGGUUAACUGCGGACUCAAAGAUAUAGAACCAGGAGCUUUAGAUUCAGCGAAUAUAUCAAACCUGAAGUUUCCUUACAAUGACAUAGAAGCAAUCAAGACGGGAGUGUUCGGUUACAGAGUAUUUGGAAUGAUUUUUCUCAAUGAGAACAAAAUUUCGUCUAUAGAAGGUGGAGCUUUCGAAGGUAUGGUUGCAAAUGGUCUUGACUUGAGCUCAAAUAGACUAACAAAAUUAAGUGAAUCGAUGUUCGAUCACUCAACAAUCAGUCAGCUGGUGUUGAGUCACAAUGACAUAAGUGAAAUUGAAAGCUCAACCUUGCGUAAGAUUACUGGCUUAACAUACAUUAAUCUUGAUGGAAACAAACUCGAAACUGUUGGUGAUAUUUUCGAAAACCUUACCAAUCUGACCGAUAUUCUUCUAAAUUCGAAUAGAAUCAAAGUGCUUUGUCCUGGUGUGUUUAAAGGAACUAGCUUGACACGGAUAUCCUUAGGACAAAACAACCUUUCCGUAGUCCAUCAAGGAGUUUUCAACAACCUUCCUCUGGAGUUGAUAGAUUUUUCCGGAAAUCAAAUAACCACAAUCGAAGCAGGAGCAUUUUUCAAUGUCAGUACCAAAACUAGAAAACUACAGGCAUUGCAACUUGAUCACAACAAUAUCAGCAGUAUAGAUCCGGGAACAUUCGGACAAUUAAUAGUAAAUGAACUCUCUUUGAGCCAUAACAAUUUGACGACUGUCAAUAAAGAAAUGUUCGAAGGGGCGGAUAUUAAUAUUUUGAGCCUUCAGGAAAAUCAAAUCAGUACAAUAGAACUUGGAGCAUUUCGUGGAGUGAAGAUCAAUUGGUUUGUUGAUUUGAGUGGUAACACUGUUCUUGAUAACCUCAUUCUAGUGAACCUUGAUUCCACAGAGUUUAUUCUUAAAAAAAAACAUGGAUACCGAAUACUAUCACUUCAGGAUUUCAAUCGAAGCAAUUCUUCGAUGUCAACUUCUCAAAAUAUUUUGGAAAUACCAAAUGAAAGACACUUUCCAGUGACAUCAGAAGAAGUCAACUUGAAUGUGGUAAAUGGUGAUUUUUAAGUGAUAUAAUUACUCUAUUAAUAAUUGUUUCAAUAUAAUAACCAUUAUUUUUGUUAUUAUCAAAUUGUUUAUUUUGAAUGAGUCCAUCGUCAUCAGUUGAUAGUAGUUCAAUGUAUUGGUUUGGAAUAUUCUAAAAUAACAUUCAAAAAAUGAUUCA